CUAAAUUCAAGAUGGCGUCCAACGAGAAGUGGGAGGUAGUUGGCAAAGGGGGUAAGAAAAGGGCUCCUAGUGAAGGCAAGAAGAACAAAGUCAAGGCGUCAGAUAUGCCCAAAGCAGAUAUAGUCAAUCCCUUAGCAGAAUCCAAAACAAUCUACCAAGCAUUAAAAGGUUCUAAAGCACAUGCUUCAGACAUAAAUAAUGGACAUGUGAAACACACAUCAGAUGCCCAUGAAGAGCUGCCAGCAGUUUUAGCAGAAAGAGUACCUGAACAAGCUCCUGAAAUUAAGAAACUAAGUGGUGGCAUUAUUGGUGGAAAGAGGAAAGCAGUAUCAACUAAACCUCAGAAGACUGAUGAAGAAUUACUUCAAGAGGCAUUGUCAAAGGUGGAUGUUGAUGAGCUGACAGCAAUGCUAACAAACUUGGAAUCAUCCUUUCCCAACAAUCGAUCUAUUUGGUUGACUGACAUUGGUGCACAUCUUCAGUUUAAGCUGAAAGGUGUUCCUCAGAAGGACCCAAUAUUUGAAGGCAAACCAACAGACUAUCCCAUGUGCUUAAUGCCUUCUUCACUCAAGACAUUUUUCCUUAACCUCAUGAAGAAAUGUUCAGAGCCAACACUGAAACUUGUGUAUCAGCGGUCAGUUGAAAACAUGGUGCAAGACCUCAGUAAAGGUUGUUCUGUCUAUGGUGACCAAAUUUUGCUGCAGUUUAUUGUACACCGUCGUCCACAGAUUACUUUGGAAAACUUAAAAGAGGUACAAGACUUGCUCACAAAACGGAAGACUCGCACUCGUGAGGCUUUAACAUUGAUGUGGUGUGCUGGACAGUUACCAGAAAAUGACUUAGCUCAGGGUUUAACAGUGUGGAUGGAAGUCAUGCUACCGCACUUAGAAUUGAAACAUCUUACAAAAUAUUCUGUUUCUUACCUUGAAAAUCUCCUCAGUACAUGCAAACCUGUUGGUAACCAUGGGGCCCUUGUUGAACCAAAGGAAUUUUUCAUGGUAAUGGAUGUGGCAUUUUCUCCUGCCUCUCCUUUGGCUGGUAACACAAGCUUGCAGCGAAAGCUGUUGUCUCUCUACCCCAAAAUAAAGAGGCUCUCUCUAGGCUCAGAAACAAGACCAGUCAGCAGACUGUAUUUUGGCACUUUGUUAAGCCGUCUAAACAGCGAGCUUCCUUUAGAAUAUCAAACAGAGGUUCUGAGCUGUGUAUUGAUGUGCCUAAAAAAAGAUGAGGAGUGCUUUACGAAAUGGAAAAGCAGCUACCUAGCGACCUUACAGCAAUCAGGACUGCUUCUAAAUCAUUUUGUGAACACUUGGAAUUCCCAAAGUACGGGUCUUCAAAACAAGCUGUUCACCACUGUGGACGUUUUCCAAGCUAGAAAUCAACCCCUUCUGGAAAAUAACAAAACCAAGCCCGGUCUGGACAGCUGUGUGGAAGCUUGUGAGGCCAUAAUGGAGAAAAAGAUCAAGAAAAAGUCGUUCUUUUCGUGCGGAAAACUCUUCAAACUUGUUUUGUUGUUGUUAUUGGCUGUGAUUUCAAUUGACGUUUACAAACACAAAAGUUACCAAGCGAGCAAAACGGCCCAGAUAGCAAGGGAUUAUGGUUUAGAACAGGCUGCUGUUUCAGGAUACGGACAUGCAAAAAAGGGAUUUGAUGUGGCAAACAGUUGGGUUCAAACGAACUAUCCUACAUAUUACAGCAAGUUUAGAGAACACGCAGAUCCAGCUGCUGCAUUUGUUUGGGAAAAACUGACAAUUAUCGGAGCAUUUAUAGCCCAAAAAACCAAGCCAGCCAGAGAUUAUCUUAACGUUAAAAUCCCACAGAUUUUAGAAAAGAUUGAAACAGAAGGUCCAGUCUACCUUGGUAUAGUUCGCGAUUAUCUUAAGCACUUCUGGGACACUUGGUGGCCUGUGGUUCACAAAUAUCUGGUAACAGUCUGGGAUUUCUUAUCAGAACACGUCCCAGUCCUACUCGCCAAGGCGCAGGAGCUUAUAACUAACUUAGCGUACAAGAUUUACGAACUCGCCCCAGACUUCUUUUCCUCUGUCGCGUCUUGGUUCGCAAAACUUGGCGAAAAGAUAGUGCAGAAGUUACCAGAUGUGUUAGCUGUCAUCCAGGAGUACGUUGUUAUAGCGAUCAAUCUAGUUGUCAAUCUUAUACAAAGUGUUGUGGAAUGGGUUCAAAAUACUGCUGGAAGCGCUGAGGUUGAAGACACAGUAUAUCAGAAGUCAUCCCCCACUGGGUCUCCAAAACACGUACCGCAGUGAACCGAUUCAUUACCAAAAAUUAACGCGUGUAGAACGAGGCAACUUGGAAAACGCAAACUGAAGAGACUGACCAGAAAGCUCAUACAAGGCAGACAGCACUGCGCUUGCGUAAAAACUGAGCAGAACAUCUCUAUAUUGCUACUGAACUUUGUACAAGGACAUUUUGUCUUACUAAUCAAAGAAUUUUGUUCAAUACAAUUUGUCUCACAUGAUAACGGUAUCUUUAUAGGACAAAGACUUUGAAAUAAAUCACACGCACAGUAUUGUUACUAAA